UAGGUAACUGCUGUCUGCUGUAGUUGAAAAUGAGCAUUGAAGAAUCAUGGAAGCUCCAGAGUACCUCGAUUUAGAUGAGAUUGACUUCAGUGAUGACAUAUCUUAUUCUAUAACAUCUCUGAAAACUAUUCCUGAGCUAUGCAGAAGGUGUGAUGCACAAAAUGAAGACAGAUCCGUUCCCAGCGCUAACUGGAACUGUGGAGUGUCUGCUCUCAUCGGAAACACACAAAAGCCAACCGGAAUUGCAGAUAUCUACAGUAAGUUCCGGCCUGUUAAGAGGGUCUCCCCCUUGAAGCAUCAGCCAGAGAGUCCAAAACUAAAUGAAAGUGAUGAUCAAAAAGAGGAAAAGGAAGAAAAUGAAAAGAAUGGAGAAUCUGGCAAAACUACUGGAAAAGAUGGAGGUCCCGAAGAAGACAGUGGCUUUAAAUGUAAGAGCAUUGAGCCGAGUGUUUUGCUUGGUGAACUUGAACACUAUGACCUUGAUAUGGAUGAGAUUUUAGAUGUGCCAUACAUCAAAUCCAGCCAGCCUAUGACUUUGUUUACCAAGGUAGCCUCGGAAAAAAGGACUUCCAGCAUAAACCCAAUAUCUAAAGGAAAAACUGGUCCCAAGGGGGACCUGGAGAACCUGCCACCCAUUGCCACUCAGUACUGUGUAUUGUCUCCUGUUAAAAACUCAGCUCAGCCCGCUGUCCUCUAUCCAAGCAGGCAUUCAUCUGGGGGAUUAGAGCAUUCCCAGUCUAGCAUUCAGUGCGGCUCAGUCCACGAACCUGAUUGCUAUAACAAGGGCUUCCUCAAUAGGGCUCUGUCUGAUUCCCAUGCACAGAAGAUUGAAAAAAGCAUGCCUAACUGCCAGCUUCGGCCAUUCCACCUGCCAGCACCAGACACACAACUAGAUGGCAUAAACGGCAAUGUGAACUGGAGCUACUCCGAAGGAGAAGACAUGAAAAAAAUCAAGAGCAUCUUGAAUAUUGUUAAAGAAGGACAAAUAUCUCUGUUGCCUCACAUCGCUGUAGAUAAUUUGGACCAAAUUCAUGAUGAAAAUGGAAACAAUUUAUUGCAUAUUGCAGCAUCCCAGGGACAUGCCGAAUGCCUGCAGCACCUUACAUCACUUAUGGGGGAGGACUGUUUAAGUGAGAGGAAUGAGGAGAAGCUAACACCUGCAGGAUUGGCUAUAAAGACAGGUCAGCUGGAGUGUGUGCGGUGGAUGGUUAGUGAGACGGAAGCAAUUGCAGAGCUAAGUUGUUCGAAGGAUCACCCUAGCCUUAUCCACUAUGCAGCCAACUAUGGUCAGGAAAAAAUACUACUGUGGCUGCUUCAAUUUAUGCAAGAACAGGGGAUUUCCCUUGAUGAGACUGACAAAUGUGGGAACAGUGCUGUUCAUAUAGCUUCACAGCAUGGAUAUCUAGGCUGCAUUCAGACUUUGGUAGAAUAUGGAGCAAACGUGACCAUACAGAACCAUGCUGGAGAGAAGCCAUCUCAGACUGCUGAGCACCAGGGACAUAGCAUGUGUUCCCGGUACCUGGUGGUGGUGGAGACUUGCAUGUCUUUGGCAUCUCAAGUUGUCAAGCUCACCAAGCAACUUAAAGAGCAGACGGCCGAACGUAUUACUUUACAGACACACCUCCAGCAGCUACUGGAAGCACAGCGAUCUCUGCCAACAUCCCCCAGUUCACCAUCUUCCCCUGCAUCUGGAAGCCUUCAGAGGAAGGUCCUGGAAUCAGAAGAUAUGGCACAGAAAAACAAACUGAAUGGUAUUCAUGAAAGCUAUCAGUCACUUGGUACAUCAGUUCCCAACAGACUCAGGUGUAGAACCCUUGAUGAAGAAUCUGAUAAGAUUCUAAGGCAGCUAUUAGGAAAGGACUUAGCAGACAAUGUUUCUAGUCCUGAAAAACUGUCACUGGAAUUUCAGGAUGGGCUGGGAAAUCGGAGUGGGAAACGGAUGCCAUUGGAGAAAAGAGAUUUUAAAUUGGCUCGCCUAAGGCAGAUUAUGCAGAGGUCUCUCAGUGAGUCUGACACAGAUUCCAAUAACUCAGAGGAUCAGAAGAAUACACCAGUUAGAAAAAUUGACAAACCAAGGCCACAGCCUAUAGUAGAAAGUGUGGAAAACUCAGAAACUCUUCAGAUGAUGAUUAAAAAACAUACACAGUCAAACACCGCAGGACGGAGGUUUGCUUUGGGACUCAAAUCCAAGUCUGUGGAUGGCCAGAGUCCAUCGCCAACAUCAGAAAGCAGUGAUCCAGACUAUGAACCUCAGUACCAAUCAGGGAACAUACUUCAGUCUUCAGAAUCUUCUUCUUCCAACAGCUCUUCAGCACAGAAGACAACAAGCCCAAAAAGUGCUUUAAAAUCCCCAUCCUCUAAACGUAAGACUUCUCAAAACCUGAAACUCAGGGUGACUUUUGAAGACCCUGUUGUUCAAGUAGAACAGAUUGAGGUAGAUAAUGAAAGUAAAGAUAAAGAUGGUGGAAAGACUCCUUCUAAAGCUUCAUCGAAUGGUGAAAUAGGGGAACAGCAGAAAAGGACAUUUGGUGCUUUUCGAUCUAUUAUGGAAACUUUUAGCAACAACCAGAAUAACAACAAUAACUCUCAAUCUGCAAACAAUGUCAAAGCACCUUCAUCAUCAUCGUCAUCUUCAUCAUCACUGUCUUUUUCCUCAUUAGGCAGAAAGUCAACAGAUACAAAGGCAUCACCUGCAAACAGUGGAAAAGGAAAGAACAAAACUGAAUCUUUUGUCUGCUGCGCCAAACUUUCCUCUAGUGCAUUGCUUGAAGAUCUUCUUCCUAAUCAUGCAUGGCAUAAUACAGUAGGUGGAUCAAUGAAGAUUUUGUUCAGUGACAUGGAUCCAGAAGAACUGGAGAUGCAAGAGUUUUUCCUAUAAUCCUGUCUUCUAACAAAUUUCCAGAGAUCACACCUUCCAAUCCUUGGCUCCCAUGAGGCCUUAUGAUGUCUUUUUACACUUUGUGUUAGUGUGGUUGUUUGGUGUAGAUACUUCACUACUCAGAUGUUGACUUUUUGUCUUUGUGAUGACAAGUCUUUUUUAUACUGCACUGCAUGGACAGUGAUUUGUGAUAUGUCUGACUCUAGUUUCAGUUGGUAAAGAAAAUAUUUUGGGGUUUUUUUUGCCUCAUUUUCCUCUUCCAUUAUUGUACACUGUAUUUAUUACUGACAAAGUUCAUCCUAUUGCUUAUGAUACAAAGGAAUCAAUUCCCCAUUG